CACACAUCAUCAUCUCAAUUGUUUGAUGUGUGUUUCAUUUCGAAGACAUCCUCAUCAAAUCAAUUGAGAUUGGUCCAUCAUCCAUAUUGCCUUAUCAUUGAUACUAGUUUCGUUCUGUUCAUCGUAAUUACUAAUUUUUUUUUUAUAAUUUCGGGAAUUGGUGGGUUCCAUCCGUUUGUUUGUCGCAAGAUUCAUCAUCGAAUCAUUAGUGGAACAAUUUUUGAACUGUAUCGUGGACAAAUCAAUCAAGCAUCAUGAAUGUCAUGUGGAAAGUUCGUGACCUUUACGACAAAGCGACAAACAUCAUCAUGAACUACACUGAAGUCGAGGCCAAAGUUCGUGAGGCAACUAACGAUGAAGCAUGGGGUCCAACCGGUCGUCAGAUGCAAGAGAUAGCUCAGCAUACGUUCACCUAUGAAUAUUAUCCGGAAGUGAUGAAUAUGCUUUGGAAACGGAUGCUACAGGACAACAUGUAUAAUUGGCGACGAACCUAUAAAUCAUUACAAUUGCUUAAUUAUUUGGUUAUCAAUGGCUCUGAACGUGUUGUUACAUCGGCUCGCGAACACAUCUAUGAUCUUCGUCGUCUUGAAAACUACACCUUUAUUGAUGAUUUUGGCAAAGAUCAAGGUAUUAACGUUCGACAACGAGCCAAAUUGCUCAUUGAAUUGAUUCAGGAUGAUGAGAAAGUUCGCCAGGAACGAAAAAAAGCUAAACAAUACAAGGAUAAAUUUGUGGGCGUAUCAAACCAAUCUUCCUAUUCGGACAGGGAUCGUGAUUCUUGGUCCGAUUAUUCACCAAGAAAAAGUGAUAAACCCUAUGAUGGAGCAUUCAAAGACGAAAUCGAACAGCAACCAAAACGGUAUGACGAUAUCCAAGACAAUAAUGAAUAUAGCCAACCAUCAUCGUCGCCAUCAAAAGCAAAAGCAGCUUCUACAGCCGAGAAUAACAGUGGCAGCAAUCAACAGCAGCAACCAGCCAAACAACGGACUACUCGAAACGUCAAAAAAAUCGAUCUUGGAGCUGCAGCUCUUUAUGCCCAGGAACACGCCAACAGCAAACCAGCUGAAUCUAAUGCGAAUGAUUCUGAUCUAUUAUCGGUUGUUCCAACAAGCAAUAGCCAAACGAAGACUGCCGAUCUUCUGGGUGACCUAUUUGGUGGCCUUACUGUCACUUCGACUUUGUCUGAAUCAGCAACAGGCGAAGAAUUUGCCGAUUUCUCACAGUUUGUUGGGCCCACAAUUCCUAGAAGCGAACCAACUCCCAUUGUCAAUAAGCUAGCAAUAAACAACAACAGCAGUACUGAAGAUUUUGCCGAUUUCCAAAGUGCAUUCGAUUCGAUCACAUCGAAAGCUGUGCAACCUAUUCUCAGUUCGAAUGUGGUCGAUUUGAUGACCGAAACAAGUUCCAAUAAACCUAGUGACUCAGCCGCCUUUGCAGCUAUGAAUCCGUUUCUAGCUAAUACAUUGACGGAACCAACGAAGCCUUUGUUUGAUACAAUGUCAUUGUUGACGCCCGUUGCGGCCAACAAUCAUUUACAAUCCACUGCACAACAGACAGCUAUCAAAUCAGAAGAUACUUCAUCAUGCUCAUCGUCUUCACAUAAAAUCGGUGAAACGUGGAGUGGGCUCAAUACCAACAUAAACUUUGACAACAUACUUGAUCUAAAGAACUCUAAGCCAGCCGUUCUUACCAUCAAUCAGUUAGCACAGGCAAACAAUCAACAUAUGGCAAAGGUUACGGCUGCCAAUGCUCAAACACCUCCUGGACAAUUUGGUUUUGGUCUCAACAAUUCUCUUAGUCCUGUAAGCAGUUCAUCAACACCAAUGUCACCCGUAGCUGACAAUCAUAGGACCGAUUGGUCUGGUCAGAAUAGCCUCAUCUAGAGAUCACCAUUGUUGCCUAUCGUUAUCAUCAUUGUUGUUUUUUUUAUUGCCUCGCCCGAAACAUUCCAUUAUUAUCACCUAGCUCGGUAUAAUCAGCUUUCGAGACAUGCAAACGUUUUAUUGUGAUAACCCGAGAGAGUGACAGACCAUAUACAAACAAACGAACAAAAUCAAACCAUCAAGGAGAAUUUAGGAGAAUCGUAGUAUCCAUAUCCAAAUGUGGAGUAUUGUUUUUUGGAAUUUUUUUUAAUUUUACAAAUACCAACAAACACUACAUACAUUUUAUACUAAUAUGAUGAUGAUUUCAUAAUUAUAGAUGCAACUUAUUAUCCAACGCAAUUGUUUUAAGAGAUUUAUUGAUUUUUUUAUAUAUGACACACACACACACCUAUUAAACAGUAAACAGAUAUGAUAUAAUAACAAACAGAGUAAUACAAUCAAUCAAUUGCAAUGAAUGAAUGAAUCUAUCAAUCAUUUAA